UGCACGGGCAAUUUUCCUGGUAGUAUAGAAGUACUCAUACUCGCUCUGCCUGCUUUCCCCACCGGCUAUGGAUCGCACGAAGCACACGGUGGGGGCGACGAAGAGGCGGCUCAUCUUCGAGCGCUCCCCUCCCCCAAGGUCGCCGCCGCCGCUGCAGGAGAUAACGCCGGAGCCGCAGUCGCAGCCGGAGAAAAAGAAGAAGCGGGCGUACCGGUUCCGGCCGGGUACGGUGGCGCUGCGGGAGAUCAGGAAGUGCCGGAAGUCCACCGAUCUGCUCAUCCCCUUUGCGCCCUUCGUCCGCCUGGUUAGGGACAUCGCCACCAACUACGCGAAGGACGGGAAGCCGAUGCCAUGGACUCCUCACGCGCUCCUCGCGUUGCAAGAGGCUGCAAAGUAUGACAUGGUUGAUGUAUUUGAAAAGGCAAUUCUGUGUCUCAUUUAUGCGUAGCGUGUUACCAUCCAGACAAAAGGGACUGGCUCAAUUGCUGCUGCUAGGACUGUGCAGCUGACAGAGCAUCUGCCAAAAGAAUUGAAGCCCGAGCAUCUGUCAAAAGAAUUGAAGCCCGUGGGAAUGCCAAAGGUAAAUGCUUCCACGCGGCGCGCCGGCCGAAUCGUUCGGCCGGUCGGGUUGCGCCCCUCGUUGGCAGCCAUGCAACAUUUUUUAUAUCCGAUUUACUGCAACCAUGUUUAAUUUAGCUUCAAACGUUUGUCAUUUUUGCUACAUUUUGUCCAUUUAAAAAGUUGCAUUCAUGGUUGGUUGCAACUCGGUUUCGUUGAAUUUUUGCUACAACCGGUGUUUAACUUUUGUUACAACCGUGUUAA